AUGUCGCCCCCAAAACGAUUAGGGCGAGGAAGACAUGCAAUCGUCUUCGAGUGUCGUGAUCCAAGCGGUCGCAUCUACGCUAUGAAGCUAUUCAAGCAAGAUAGCAGAGAUAGGAUCCGUCGCGAACUCGAGAUAUUCCAAUAUCUCGACAAUGGCCCCAACAUCAUCAACUUCAUCGAUGCCGUCCAAGGUGAGGAGGGAUCCGACAUCGGCAUCGUUCUCGAAUACGUAGACAAUACAGAUUUCCGAACGCUGUAUCCUCGUUUCAAUGACAUGGACAUUCGAUAUUACACCCGCGAGCUUCUGAGAGCUUUGGACUUCGCCCACAGCCAAGGUAUCAUGCACCGUGAUGUCAGACCGCACAACGUGGUGAUUGAUCACGAAAAUAGAAAACUCCGACUGAUAGGCUGGAGCUCAGCAGACUUCUACCGACCCGACGAAGAUUUGGACACCUGCGUAGGCCUCUGGAAGCCACCGGAGCUUCUCCUCAGCUACGAACGAUACGACUUCAGCAUAGACAUGUGGUGCUUCGGUGCUAUGUUCGCAGCCAUGAUCUUCAGAAAAGAGCCUUUCUUUCACGGGGUUUCGCUAAUUGAUCAACUGAGGAAAAUCGCUGAAGUCCUUGGCACAGACAAACUCUACCGCUUUGUCAAUGAAUACGACCUUGAGUUGAAUGGCGAGGAACUUGAAGCUCUGGGCCAACAUCAUGAACAAGCUUGGACCGACUUCAUCAACUCGGAUAAUGAGAUGCUCGUAUCUGAUGAAGCCCUGAGUCUUAUUGACCAGCUUCUACGAUUUGACCCGAAGGCGAGAGCGACUUACGACUGCUGA